UCAGCUUUGUUUAGUUACGACUUACUAUCAAGACGGACAGUUAACAGACUUGAUGCUGUUGUCAUUUCAGUGAACUACAGACUAGCACCUAAAUAUCACUUCCCAAAUCAAUUUGAAGAUGUAUAUAAUGCAUUAAAGUGGUUCUUAUGCCACGAUGUUCUUGACAAAUAUGGUGUGGAUCCUGAAAGAAUUGGAAUUUCUGGAGACAGUGCUGGAGGGAAUUUAGCUACAGCAGUGACUCAACAGCUCAUAGAUGAUCCAGAUGUCAAGAUCAAACUCAAGACCCAGUCUUUAAUUUAUCCUGCCCUUCAGACUCUUGAUAUGGAUUUACCGUCAUAUUGGGAAAAUUCACACUUUCCAUUUCUGCCCAGAUCACUGAUGGUCAGGUUCUGGAGUGAAUAUUUUACCACAGACAAAUCACUUACAAAAGCUAUGCUCUUCAAUCAACAUGUACCAGUGGAAUCAAGCCAUCUGCUCAAGUUUGUUAAUUGGAGUUCGUUGCUCCCUGAGAAGUAUAAGAAAGGACACUUUUAUAACAGUCCGACUUACGGUAGUUCUGAGUUGGCUAAGAAAUAUCCAGGAUUUCUUGAUGUGAGGGCAGCCCCCUUGUUAGCUGAUGACAACAAAUUGCGAAGUUUACCCUUGACUCACAUCAUCACCUGUCAGUAUGAUGUUUUAAGAGAUGAUGGAAUCAUGUAUGUCACCCGACUUCAGAAUGCUGGAGUUCAUGUGACCCAUAACCAUGUUGAAGAUGGAUUCCAUGGAGCACUUUCCGAUUAUGCACUUAAAAUUGCAUACAGAAUAGAAAAUCAGUAUAUGAGUUGGCUAAGUGAAAAUCUAUAG